AUGGAUCGCUUCCAGUUCGGCGACUCCGACGAGUCUCUCUCCGACUUCGAUGAAGACCCCUCCGGCCUUCCCUUUCCCGAACCACUCUCUCGCACCUCGUUCCUGACCCCUGACUUCCAACCGGCCACUUUCCUCUCUUCAUUGACCAACCGUCACCAGAGCCUCGAGGACCUGCGACAAGAAUUGCGCGGACUAGAGCAAGUGCUGAACAAGGAACUGUUGGAUCUGGUCAAUGAGAACUACCAGGACUUUCUCUCUCUCGGGACCGCGCUUCGCGGCGGCGAGGAGAAAGUAGAGGGCGUCAAGGUCGGCGUACUUUCUUUCCAGCGCGACGUCAAAGCUAUCCGGGACAAGGUCGAGGCGCGACGUCAAGAAGUGGAACAGCUACUAAAUGAGAAGCGGCGGCUGCGAACGAAUGCCGACAUUGGCAAAGACUUGCUAGAUUAUGCGGACCGGGUCGAGGAAUUGGAACAUCGCUUGAUGAUCGAGGACAAGUCCUCGCCGCAAGAGGGUACCACACCGGGUGAAUCGGAUACGGAGUCUGAUUUGUACAGCGGCGAGAGCGAUGACAGCGAGGAUGAUGAGUUACCGGAUGGCUCACCUGCGAUUUCGCUGAAACGGAUGGAGCGCCAUACCCAAAAGUUUGUCUAUUUGACCUCCAUAGCUGCCCGGGUCGGAGAGAAACAUCCCUUCUUGCUCGCGCAGCAACCACGAGUCGCAAAAAUCAAGUCUACCGUGCUCCUGGAUCUCAAAACUGCUCUGGAACAAGCUGUUGCGGCCGGUGGGAAACAGGGCAGACGCGAUGCUAGGACAAUGGCAGUUCUGCGCCUCUACGAUUUAAUGGGUGAGGAUGUCAGCGCCGUCGCCGCGCUGAAGAACCUCAAACUGUAA